GCACUGAUAAUUUUCACCGAUUCAUUCAUUCAUCCUGUUUUAACCUCAUUUCACCUUUACUGUUGAAGGCAAAAGUAUUGGACUCGUAGCAGUGUGUUUUUUUUUCCUUUUUUUUGAACAAUAAAUCAUUCUUUCUAACACUCAAAUCGGACUGAUCAUUCAAGCGAGUCACAGAUGCAAGUGAGCCUAAACCCCAGCGGCCUUUUUUAUUGAAGGAAAGCAGUCGCUACAGUCCUCAUACGGGUCAUUUGUGAUGUAAAUAAUUAAAUUCAUUAGGCCUACAUGGUUAAAAGUCUACCUUACUAGGAUGCGCUUGGAUGCCAGAGGUUCAUCUUGCAAUUUGUGUGGCUUAUGGUUGAUUUGCUUCGCUCUCAUUGGUUGCAAUUAAACCCAUUUAUCAUUUAUGUGUGGUUAUUUGAUGCUAUAUGAAGCUCUGGAUACUUACAAACGUUUUCUAUUGCAUGUGUUAUGAUCUUAUGGGUUUACAUGGAUGUCUGGCAACUUGGUGGUUUGGUUUUUAUUGGAUUGGGCGGGUUCUAAAAUGUGAUUGGGCUGGAAACUGUCAAUCUGAUCUGGCAACACUGGCUGCCCCUGGUCUCCCACACUGCACAGACACUCUACUUACUUUACUUUACUUUACUAACAGUUACUUUAUGGUUGUACCCAAAGUUUGAUAUUUUGUUCCACUUUAAACCCAGGCCACCCAACAUCCUCUUAUGGAGCAGAAGUUGCAAAAAACAAACAAACAUGAGUUAUAUUCACUUUUAAGCUGUGAGACCGGUUGUGUAGCGUUAGCAGACUGUUAAAAAUCUGUAGGGUGUUAUUUCAACUUAUUUGAACUGUGUUUUCAGUGCAACAGGAACUCUUUAGGACUGGGACUGGGAACAUGAAGUCCUCACGUGUCAGCGGACUGAACAUCAACAUCAGCACGCCUGGAAAGAUGUGUGUCCUUUAAGAAGAGCUCGUAAACAACAUGGAAAUACUGUUUCUGUCACUUCAAUUCGUUUUAAUACAUGCUUUGUUGAUGUGACAUACACAAAAUUUAUUCAUCUUUUUAACGUUUAUCAUUGUGACUCUAACGCAUCAAAAUCUUUGCCUUAUGGUGCGCAACGAAAGGACGCCAUUUAGUUGUAACUUUUAUCGUUUAAUUUGAUAAUAUUCCAGUUUAUAUGCUAAACUGAAAAAAAUAAAGCAUUUAGAAUACAAGAAGGGAAAUAAGUUAAAAAAUCACAAUGUUAAGCCGGUUUUAAAUGUCUCCAAAUAUCGAUUUUGCAAGUUUUUUUCUCGGGUGUCAAAGUGGUACAGUUUUAUUACAGCCCGUGAACGCAGCAUUUUUCGGCCGAUCUCCCAUGAUGCAUCUGUUCUCCGCUGGAUACUACUGACAAGAGAGAGCGUCUCACCUCCCAAGGAAUCUGUCGUUUCUAACGCUGAUUUAUUUGCUUUUAUUGGACAUUUUAACCGCAGAGAUGGAGAGCGACUGUACGGAUUAACAUCCUUUUAACGUACAGACACUAACUUUACAGAAACGUACGGAGGUAACGCGGUCUUUCGGAUCGUAAUGGGAAGAUAACCGUCCUGUUUCGGUAAGGAAGCUAACUGUGCGGCUAAUGAAGCUGCUGGUGACACCUAGAAGCUUGCAGCACAUUCAGGAGGAAUGUUUGACUCAUGUUUUUACUAUUUUACAUGAAUGUCGUAUUUAAGACAUGAUUACUGACGCUUGUUUUGAUUUUACAUGCUCAUGUAUGCGCUGUCAGUCGAUUUUGAAAGCUCAAAACGCCCAAAUUUGAGGCUAAUAUCAGAUUUCUUAGGUCGCAUAGUUGAGGUUGAAACAUGCAGUUUAAUGGUCUAAAUCUCCACAAAGGGAAGUAAAUUGUGUUGAAAUGCACAGGCCGAUAAAAAAAUCUGAAAAAUAAGCAUUGUGCAAUUACAACGGUCUUCAUUUAUGAUUCAUAUUUUACACAACAGCAGAGUUGCCGAUACCGAUGCCGAUUAUUAGGGGGGGGGGGUCCGAUUACCGAUCAAUCGACCGAUUUAAAAAAAAAAUUCUGAAGUUUUGAAAUUUUGUUCAUCUAAGUAAUACAUUUUCACUUAUUAUUUUAACAGAUGGCUGCUUUUGAGCCUUUCAAACACUUCUUAAAAGAAUUAAAGGCAGAAAACUAAUUUCAAAUCCUUUUUAUUGCUAAAACAACUAAAAAAGAAUGAGGUAUUUUGUGUGAAGUGUAAACAGUUAACUUCUAACUCAAAAUGAGGAAUACUCGAUAAACUGUAGGCUACUGCUCUUCACGCCGACAGGAAGACUGACUGAUCAUCUCAGUAAUAUUCCACGUAUUUAUCAUGAAUCAAACUCGAUCACAUACAUGGUUACAUGGUGCUUCACUAGUAACUCGGUGUGACUGAGACCAGCACAUAUUAUUAUAUAUAUUUAAUGUAUGCAGUUGAAAAUUUGGUGGCAAACCUGUUGGUGUGACCUCAGAAUGAGUCUGCAGGCUGCUCUGAAGGACAUGUUAAAAAGUCACAUGAGACUUGUGUCGAAGCCAAAUCUGAUUUGUUCAGGUCAUGACACCAUAAAUUAGUGAAUCUCCUAAAAACCCAAUAGUGACAUGAUAAUUGUUACCAAACAGAACCAUCCAGCUUGAUUAUUGUUUGUGGGGUUACAUUCCAGGUCAGUCUGAGGUUCAAAACACGCAGCUUUAUUUCAUUAUUUACCAUUUUAACAGAGAGAUAUGACUUCAUCUCAUGGCAACAGUGGAGGAGGCUCCUGGAGUCGUGCGGUUUCAAAGACAACUAAGAGCUUUUAAGUAUGUAAAUCUACCACAAAGCUAUCAGGAAUAGGAUAUAAAGCCAGAUAAUAAACAUAAUACAGCCUUUUUAAAGGGAUAGUUCGCAUUUUGUCUUUUUAAAAGGAUACUUGUUAAUUUGGCGGCUAGCCAUAGUAUUUUGCUGCACUUGAAAGCUAUUUGGGGAUAUGCAUCGUCAGUGGAGAGAAACUAAAACUAGAAGCUCAGUGUAAGUUGAUUUUCGGAAUGGAAGAGGAUUUGAGAAGCCUAUAGUUUCAGUAUUGUGCAUUUGUACUGUAAUAAGUACACCUAUUUCUGUCAGAAGCUCAACAUUAGAGGUAUAUCUACCUAAUCUAGGUGUGAUAAAGUCAGUGGAAUGUGGACUGGCAUUUUUGAGUCCUGGUUUGCUCUCUGUGCUCAUGAUUGGGGAAGUCAGGCACUGGAGCUACUUCCCUGCAGACGCGCUCUUUAAUCAGCGCUUCACAUGACUCCGCUACAAAGUGGUUACUCAGGGAAACCAUGACAUUGUAGAUAUGUCACACAAUACUGUCUUGUGAUGGAAAAUGUAAUGAUAGUUCUGCAGCAAAUAUGAACAUCUAAAGAAAACGGGAAGGGGGGAAAAAGUUGUUUCCUUUAUCAUCACAUGCCUUGCAUGUCUGUUAAGGGCACAAGCUUGCAAAACUGUUGUCAAAAGUCAUCUCAACAGGAAAACAGGGACAGUGUACGUUACAUUAGACCCAUUUAAGGGUUUGGUUGCAGUUUUAUAUAUCAGUGUAUUUUUCUUCCAGUGUGCCAUGUGGGAGUAAACCUUCCCAGGAGGUGCCAUGUUAGCCACACAGAUGCCAGACACGCCACCAGAGGCUAAAGAUGUCAAACAGGUAAAACAACAAGCCUUUUCCUCGGAGCAAUGAUCAGGUCACCACAUUGUCUUCUCUUCUGCCUGCUUGUUUUCUGUCUUGCUGUUUCUGUGCUUCCUCUACAAAGAGUGUCCGAUUAACUGUUGGCUCUUUUAACGCGGUCAGGUUGUGCCAUUUCAGAAGGAUAUGUUGCAAAUGUACUGUUGUAAGUGUACCGAACAACGUUCAUAAUGUCACUUCUUUUAGAGACCUGUUUUCUGCCUUAUAGUCCGGUGUUUGUCAGAUUUGUAUCAUGCACAUGAAACGUUAACCCUAUUAGUUGACAAGAUAAUAUCAAAUGACAAAGUGACUAUUUUUAAAGCCUUGAAUUAACAAGAAUAUGUUGCACCCUCUGAACCUCCACCACAUUAGAAAACUCAAUUACUUUGUCAUGACAAAAGUGCUUUAACUUCACUUUGGGGAGUUUGAUCAGCUCUAAAAUUACAGUUUUAUCCUGCACAUUCAUGUCGGACAAACUAAAUUCUAAGUUAUUCAAACUUAAGAUAAGACGAGCUAUUCCUUUAUUCGUCCCACAAGGGGAAAUUCAAAAUUGACAGCAGUGAUGAAUACAAAAGAGAAAUUAAAGAAUGCAGAAACUUAGGAGUUAAAAAGAUGUAAAAAGGACAUAUACCAGGCCUUGACACUAACUUUAGGGACACAAUGAAAAUUGAUCAAAUAAUGUUUGUCUUCUUGGUCGACAUAAGUCCUAUUAUUUGAAAUCAGUUUUAGGUCAAUUAGUCACAUGACGUGGAAACUAUUGAAGGAAAACAGCCUUUUCUGAGAAUAUCAACUAAACAACAGUAAUUAAUUGACUGUCUCUUAUUCAACACCUGACGUUGACAGUGAGGAUGCUGAGUAGAUUUAACUGCGCUGCUGUCGCUAUUCCCAGUUAUGGAGAGUGAGAAGACACCAGUAGAUCUGCAGUGAAUGUCCGUCGAAUAUCCAACCUAAAACUAACUUCACCGUGGUAUUCACGUGAAAAAACAUCUGUUGCCUCAGCUAAUUUUUUUUAUGCGCACAUGUGCCCCUAAAUACAUUUUACAAUUUACACACAUCUAUUUUUAGACGCAAAUGCGAGUGAAACGGUCGCACUGUCGAGCCCUGUAUAGACACAAACACAGUUGUCAUUAAGCAGAUACACUGCUAAUCAUAAAACAAUGAGAAACCUGUCUGUGGGGUUCAUAGUGAUUAAAGGGCGUGUUUGUCCACAGAGGAAUUGUUCUCUGUUAUUGACUUGCUGCUCUGCACUGUUAAUUAUGAGAUAAUUAAUGCAUGAUUUUGAUUUGUUGCACAUUUCAACUCUUCCCCUCCAACACGAGAAACCCUUGUGUUCUUUAUCUGGUGAUGCUGUAAAGUAACAAAUUCUCAAAUGGAUCAAACAAAACAAGGAUAAGUGUCAUCAGAAGAGUCUCGUGCUCCUGAAGUCACAAGAUCAGACGCAGAAUCAAUGGCGGAGCAGUCGCUGGUCAUCUUAUCAGUUUGAAGAGAAGGUCCGAGAGCAGAAUGAGCGCAGACGUUUGUAGUUAAUCGUUAGCAGGACGUACUGUACAUACGACCACUUAGAGGACUUGGCAGACUUUAUACAGUGUGCUGAUGACUUGCUGAAUAAAUGUUUGUGACUCAGACUCAAGCACUUCAAGUCCUGCUAAGUCAAGCACAGAAGGAGAAGAGUGCUUCAGGAACACUUAGACGGUGGCCUCUCUUAAGUGUGCAGCAACCUGUUGCGUAAUAAAGGCUCGCUUGUUAAAGGUUUAUGUGCUCUGUCUCUCUGUGUCAGCAGCCAGCAGGUGUCAUGUGACUGUAGGUAAUCUACAGGCCAUUUCAUAACAACAUGACCGCUGACCUCCUUCUAUGUAUUCCUCCUCUCACUGAAGAUAGGAAUGCAGAAAAUGUGCCUCCCAAGCUCCACGCUGUCAAUAAAAACAAGAUCGUGCCUCCUGCAGAGCUGUUAUCAGUUUGCUUAAGCCUCACACCUUCAAUGAUUGCUGUUCAAAUAAAACAUGGCGGCUGAUCGUGUUUGUCUUUUAUCGGCUGCCACACAGAUCAAAGAGAAGUUGGCGCAGUCGCUCAAAGCCCUGCAGAAGCGAUAUGUGACAUCCGACGCGGUCGUCACCAGCGAGGAUAGUGAUGCCAACCUCCUCUGCUGCGCCCUGGAGGCCAUCUUCAUCCACGGGAUCAAGACCAAGUACAUCCGCUCGGAGGUUGGGAGCCGGGGAAGGAAGGGAAACCGAGGAUCCCUCCCUCAGCCUUUCUUCUGGAGCCUGUUGAAGACCGUCACCCACCGGUAAAGGGCUCAGUUAGACCAGAAUGACAUAAUAAAAAUCAUUAUUAGUUAAAGGGAUAUUCCCGCGCAAAAUUAUUUUAGGGUCAAACACACCAUAACACCAGGCUAGACAUCCCGUCGAGAGCUGAAUGUUGCUGACCGCUUGCUUCUCUAGUUAUACCAACUUUAGGAACGACCACACAAUAGCAAUACAGAGAGCCACGCACUCGACCACAAUGCCGCUCUAUAACCACAAAUAAUGCUCAGAACAGCACCUAACUUCAUCAACAGUACAUAUAGGGUCCCAGCCAUAGUGCUAGACACCAAACAUCUUUUUAACUUUGCCUAAUUUCUUUAAGAAAGAGACAAAACACAACUCAUUGACUCUCUUCCAGCAGCUGCUUGUUUCUAGCAAGAUGUCAGGCCAGUCCAUUACAGACUGCAGUGGAGUUUCGCAGCUUAAGGAAGAACAUUUAUGAUCAUUUCUUCAUGGAAAUGCAAUCAGACCGAGACGCUUAGGCAGAAGAACUAAUACGAUGAUUAUUACUUCAAGGAAACAGUAAAAAAAUGACCAUAAAUGUUCUUCCUUGAGCUGCGAAACUCCACUGCAGUCUGUAAUGGACUGGUCUGAGGUCUUGCUACAAACAAGCGGCUGCUGGAAGAGACACGGUGAGUUGUUUUUAGUCUUUUUGCUAAAGAAAUUAGGCAAAGUUAAAAGAUGUUUGGUGGCUAGUGCUGUGGCUGGGACCCUAUAUGUAUUGUUGAUGAAGUUAGGUGCUGUUCUGAGCAUUUUUUGUUAGUAUAGAGUGGCGUUUUGGUCGAGGUUUGUUUGUGGCUCCUCAUGCCGCUGUGUAUUGCUAUCCUGAGAACUAAAGAAGCAAGCCGUCUGCAACAAUUAUCUCUUGAGGGGGUGUCUAACUUGGUGUUACGGUGUGUUUGACCUUAACUUUAUUUUACGCCAGAAUAUCCCUGUAAGAGUUCCAGCCGAUGAAUCUGACCUAACCGUUUUUGUUUAACCUACAGUGAUGUGAUCACAGAGCUGGAGAAGAUCAGCUUCGUCAGCUCCGACGUGGGUCGCUGUAGAGCGUGGCUGCGACUCGCCCUCAACCACGGCCUGCUGGAGUGCUACCUCGCCUCCCUGUUCCGGGAGGACUCCAAGCUGCGGGCCCACUACCAGCCCAGUGCCUUGCUCCUGAACGCCGAGGAGCGGGAGGUUCUGCUCAGCUACCUCCAGGGUUUAGCAUCACUCACGUUCAACCUUUCAUACAAAUCAGCUGUUCUCAACGAAUGGACUACCACGCCUCUGGGUCUGGCAGGACUCUGCCCCUUAUCCCAGGCGGACUCUCUUGAUCUGCAUCUUAACGGUGGAGACCUUCCCACCUCUAGGCCUGCGUUUAAAGAAUCAUGGGACACUGUGUCUCAGUCUUCAGGCUCUUCAGAUGCUCAGGAUCUGCUGAGGGGUCCAGCUCUGCUGUCAGGAAGAGGGUCAGGUGGAUCUCAAAGCGGGAGGACUGGACUAAACUCUUCCAAUUUAAGCCUGGACACCACAGGCUCCUCUCAGCUCUCCUCCAGUUUGAGCUCUGACAGCCUCCUGCAGGGACAGGACCCCCGCAGCCCCACAGGAGAACAGUGGUCCUCAUGUGACCUGGACAUGCCUGGUAAUGUCAACAUCAGCAGUAAGAGGACACAGAAAGAGUAAGUGUAUCUUUGAGCAUCUACUGAUUAUUUCGGGUACUGUUGUUUCUUUUGAGUUAUCCCAUAAUCUAGGGCUGGGCGAUAUGGCAUCAAAUCAAUAUCACGAUAUAUUGAGCAGUUCACCUCGAUAACGAUAAGUAGAUGAUAACUACUGCACAAGCUGCUCACCCCCUCCCACAUUAACUUCAUUUACUUCAGCCGCUUUUUGUUACUGACUGGAUGGGAUGGAGUUAUGUCUUUGACGUAGGACAGUGUCUUAAAGGGACAUGAGACCAUAGCCUACCUACACACAUCCAAAACCAACGUCUAUCAUUAUUUUUUGACACUGAAUAUAUUGACUUGGGCAAAAUGACGUUGGUUAUUGUCGUAAAUUUCAGUAUCGGUAAAUUUUCGGUUUAUCGCCCAGCCCUACUUACAUGUUUUCCUCUUCACGUUGUUGCAUUUUGGAUUCAGGAACAAACUGAGUUCACUGACAGAGGUUUUAUAAAUGGGAUUUUAAGUCCAUGCAGCAAUAUCCACUACAGAGACAUAACCAGUCAUGUUACCUACCUGUUGCAAAUUAACUUAGUAGUGAGGAGAUUUUUUUUCAGAUAAUUUUUAAACCUCAUUCGACUUUUUCCAGUCUGGUUUCCCCCCCUGUCUUAACUGUUUUAAAUUAUUAAUGAUGUGGUGCUUAUAUAGAUUUAUAUUUACAUAUUUUAACUAGAAUAUACUAAAACUAUUUUAAAUACGUAACAAAGAACAUAAACUCCUCUUUUAGUUUUGUUUUGCUCUAAAAUAUUCACUUCUUGUCCUUCUUUCUGUAGCUCUCUAACUGAGUUUCGGGAGAGCGAACACUGCAGUCAGGACUCCAUGCGCGAAGACUCGUUCGUCUCCAGCUCAGGUCCAGAUCAGUACUCUGAGACCGCCAUCUUUAGCGGCUCUGACAGCGAGACCCCCGGUCCCACUACGCCACCCAAAGACCAAACUCCACCCCCUGAGCUACCAGAUCCAACAGAUCCCGAACCAGCAGAGCUUGAACUGCCCUCCUCUGAUGUUAACUCUCCUUUUGAAGCGUGUACCUCUACGCCUUCUGACUUAAACGCAGACAGAGACGUGGUCUCAACAAUGAGCGAGCCUGCAGAGGAGGUUUGUACGAAAAGAGCUCAGGAGAGUCCAGAACCUAACCAAGAAGUGAAAGAAGUGGAAACCUCAGAGAAGAAGAUAUCUGAGACCUCUGUUCAUCAAGGAACACGGCGUUCGACCAGCAUUUUGAGCAGGAAGUUAUCCUCAGACUCCAUAUCAGUAAGUGCAGCUCUUAUGGUGACUCUUCCAAUAUGGUGGCCCAGAAGGUCUAACCAAACAGUUCAAAAACUGAAAUCCAGCACUAUUAGACUUAAACACGUGCUUUUAUACUUUCAGUUUGUGCUCUGUCAUUUUUGGUCAAGAAGUCAGUGAUACUAAACUGAACUUCACUCGAGAAAACAAACUCAGUAUUUUCACAGAAUCCUGAAGUUUGAGUGAAAAGUUUUUAUGCUGUUGACCUUAAUGAAAGCUGUACUUUUAGAUAACGCGACAAAAAGACAUUGAAUUUACGUAUUCGAAUGUGUUUUAUCAUGACGUCCAGUUCGAUUAUCUUACAUUGAACAGACCUGGUGGAUAUGGCAAGCAAUCAAGAGUUGCAGUUGAUGUAUUUGAGGCCAGUCACAUACACUUAAAUCCAGGGGAGGUUUAUUUAAAAACAUAAAAGGAUAAAUAAAGCCACAGCAUUACCGAGUUCACACCUUAUAUUCCUCCUGUUUUUCAUCAGAGCUUAAAUUAAGUGUCUGAGGAUUUUCCAGUUUGGGGAACAAGGGAAAAACCCUCAAUCCUGAGUCAUAAUCCAGGUUUUUCCAUGAAUGAAAUAACAUAAAGAUGUCUGUGACUUAAGCUAUAUUAGUGUACAUGGAAAAUUGUAGGUUCUUUUUUUAUUUUAUGACUCAGGGAGACCUUUGACACCCACAAAGAAACACAGGAAACUCAAGCGAAUAGCAUUAAAACCUCUCAAAUAUGCAAGAUGAUGUCAAGCUUUGUGAAGUCGUGUUGCAGGAUUGUUUGGAAAUAAAUCAAUCAAGUGCAGAGAGUUAAUUUAUUCCACCCUCUUCAAACUCAAACUUUUACUCUCUGCUAUAAUUUUCAAGCAGGAACCGCUUCAGGAUGUGUCUCAAUAUUUUCCCCGCGCAGAUGGUGUUUCUGCUGUUUGUUACAGCUCUCACAUUACUAACCCCCAAAGUCACAUGACACUGAGGAGUACACUUUAACAUGCUUUACUCUCGGCACAGAGUGUUCCCUGCAGCUCUCUGACAGUAAAUCUAAUGUUAGUGGAAAUCAAUAAAAAAGAGCUGCAGCUCAGUAAUAAUUCAAAAACCUUCAAAUAUUAAACCACUAAGUUGUUUAACCUCUAAUCUGACUGGCCCUGAGUCAAUGUUUUGAUAUUUUGAUAUUUUGUUUUGAUCGGUUCAGUCUUAAUCUGUAAGCUUGUCCCUGUUAUGAGUUAUUGUUUAGUUUGCUGCAGAUGUUUGUCGACGUUUUUAGACCAAACAAGUCAUGAUUGGUCAAGAAAAUGAUCCAUCGACAGAUUCAUAAGCAGUAGUAUAAACAGUUACCCUGGCUGUAAAUCAUGAAGUUAUGAAAAGCAGCAGAAUCUUACAUUUGCUCAGGAAAUGUUUGUCAUUUUCAAUAUGAAGUAUCAGCUACUUUUUUUGUCGUUUUUCGGGGUCUACUUGAUCGAGGAACAAAGGUGAAUUCUCAUAUUGUUGCCUCUUUUAGGCUCACUUUAGUUGAGUCUCGAAACUUCUGUCCCUUUUUGUUGUGGCGAAGACUUCAAAUCAAACUUCCUGAUGUCCACUUUGCAGCACUCCCGCUCCUGGAUCUCUGAGGACGACAUCUACAAACCCCAUCUGGAGGAAGAGUCGGACCACGAGGAGGUGCCUCCCUCUGCUCCCGCCGAUGAACCGAAGGUGUCCCAGUCAGCUCCCAGUGUGGUCCACCGCAGGCAGAUAGGUACUCUCUCUCUCUCUCUCUCCCUGAAGUCAAAACAAAAAACCUCUUAUCGUCAUUUUCAGCUGAAUAUCACUGAGCUUCUGUCUUGUAGUCAAACGACAAAAGACAUUCUGCAGUUUUACGUCCAAAUUUGAAUUCGAAUCAGCAGACUUUUUAAUUGACUGUUUGUUUUUUCCGGAAAAUCAACAGUACUGGAAUUUCCUGCAGAACUGGAAACUUAGGAAUCAAAACACCGCAGCUUUAACCGCACCUCUUACUGUAACUAAACAACACUUUCUUGUCAUUACAUCAUCCUUUGGAAAACGAUCUUUAACCGGAGUGUCAUAAAAAGUUCUCUUUCUUGCAAGACAUCACCUCCGGAGAGAGUGACAGCUUCUUUACAAGUACAACAAGAAACUUUUGGUGACGUCGCACCAUAACAGGGAAAUACCAGGACUGGGAAACAUUUGUUAUUAUAUCCAUCAGGUCAACGAAUACCUGUCUGAUCACUACCCCAAGAAGAAGAAUACAGUAACAAGAAACACUGCUUUUUAUACAGAAACAUCUGAUUAUGAUUGAUCAACUGUUUCAGUCAAAUUUAAAUGUAUGAUUCUCAUCAGCUUCUUUUGCAUGAUUGAUCGUCAUGCUUUUAUUUUGAAAUUUUCCAUCUUGCUUGAAGGUUGCUUGAAAUCCUGCUUUGUCAAACUGCUCUCUGAUUUCGUAGAACGCUGGUUAGAGAGUAUAAAUGUCCAUUUGAUUAGUGAUCGGCAGAGGCUCAAACACUGUUUUUGGAUUUACAGUAAAUCUUUAACUUCAGUUUUAAAGGGAUAUUCUGGGGUUAAAAUAAAGUUAGAGCCAAACACACCGUAAGAUUGAGUUAGACACCCCCUCGAGAGAUUAAUGUUGCCAACUGCUUGCUUCUAUAGGUAUAUCAACUUUAGUAACGACCGCACGAUAGCAAUACACAGCGGUCUGAGGAGCCACGCGCUCAAUCAAAAUGCCACUCUAUAGCCAAAAAUAAUGCUCAGAACAGCACCUAACUUCAUCAACAGUACAUAUAGGGUCCCAGCCAUAGCACGAGUCACUAAACAUCUUUUUAACUUUGCCUAAUUUCUUUAGCAAAGAGACUAAACACAACUCAUCUACUCUCUAUCAGCAGCCACUUAUUUAUAGCGAGACCUCGACCAGUACAUUACUGCAGCGGGGUGUCGCAGCUCAAGGAGGAACAUUUAUGAUCAUUUCUCUAUCAUUUCCUUGAAGUAAUGAUCAUAAAUGUUCUUCCUUGAGCUGUGUCACCCCGCUGCGGUAAUGGACUCACCAGGGGUCUCCGUACAAACAAGCGGCUGCUGGAAGAGAGUAGGUGAUAUGUACUGUUGAUGAAGUUAGGUGCUGUUCUGAGCAUUAUUUGUGGUUAUAGAGUGGUGUUUUGGUCGAGGUUUGUUUAUGGCUCCUCAAACCGCUGUGUAUUGCUCUCGUGCGGUCAUUACUAAAGCAAGCGGUCGGCAACAUUCAUCUCUCAAGGGGGUGUCCAACUAGGUGUUACAGUGUGUUUGUCCCUAAACUAAUUUUACGGCGGAAUAUCCCUUUAAAAGAGUCAUAUCAUCUCGUAGAGGACUGCUUCAGUGAGCUCGCUUUCAGUCUGCUACUUCUUCUUCGCCCAAAAGGAGUUUUGACUAAAUAAAAAGGUUAACUAGCUGUUAGAGGAUAAACACUGAUUUUAUUUUGUGUCUUUUUCCGUCAGGUCUGGCCAACCCGUUCCGUGGAUUGUUGAAGCUUGGUCACCUGGAGCGGCGAGGCGCCAUGGGGAUGUGGCGGGACUACUACUGCGAGCUCUCACCCUUUGAGUUCCGCCUCUACUUUAACGCAGAGGAGCGGGCGUGCUGCGACAACUGCUCCCUGCUGAGAUGUGAGGACGCUCGCAUCACCUCACCCGAGGGCCGUUUCGAGCUGGCCUUUCCUGGGAAGCGACUUUACCUCCGGGCGGCGAACCACGAUGAAGCCGAGGACUGGGUGGACCGGAUUGUGGAGGCUGUUAACAAAUGUCGGCCCGCUUCUCGUGCAGAUGAUACUUGGGAGGUGUUGCAACCCUACCAGGAGAACGGCGUUGAUGUGUCCUCUCAGUCCUCCACCCCCUCCAGCCCCGACCGAGGUUUAACCUCCUCUGACACAAGGACAGGUGGGACUCAGGAGGUGCCUCCUCCUCCUCCUCCUCAGCAGGACUUCGACUGGACUAGGACUACUGAUCUGGAAACAGAUGCCAUCAAAGAAGCUGUUUUGUACUUCUCAGUAGAUCCCGAAGCUCGCACAUGGACACCUUUGGUCUUCUCCCUCUCCCUGGAGGCCUUGAAAGGCUUCCUUGUACGAGACGGCAAGAAGUUCCUGCGGCUGACUCACCAAAUUGAAGAAAUCCGGGACGUGGUGCCUGACGUCUCUAUGGGGGGACCAGAAUUUUUCAAACUCUUAACCAUCAAGGAGACCUUCAAACUCAGGGCUGAGAACCCAGAGGAGGCUCGCUCUUGGAGGGUUUUGAUCCGGGGAGCUCUGGACUCGUACCUAGAGAGCGGGGAGGACGGGGUUUCCGCGGAACCAGCUGUAGUGCGACCUGAGGUGAACGGAAAUCUGCAAAGGCUGGUGCAGCACAGACUGAAAGAGAACGGAGCUUUACUGGUUCACCUGUGCUCUGUACCGUCAGAAAAAGGGCUGGACACUCAGGGAUUCAGGUGUGCAGGUGAGCCGUCAGUUCAGGGCACCAAAAACAGACUCUAAGCUACCCAGAAAACACUCCUAAUACACAGAGGAAACAGUCACCAUGUCUGAGGUGUCUGGAGUUUGUGAUUUUUGAAUGUGGAUCAGAUGUUUCAGAGGUUUGUUUGUUCACUGUAUUUUAUACCCAGGAUGUCCCAGGCAGGUCGGUCCGUCUCUGGGUAGAGCGAGGCUGUGCGAGUUCUCAGGCCAGUACUACUGCGACUCCUGUCACCAUGGAGACAUCUCAAUCAUCCCGUCACGAGUGGUGCACAACUGGGACCUCACACAGCGGGAGGUGGGUACUAGAGGAUGACAUUUUUUAUCGCACAGGAUGGGAGUCAUUUUUUAAUAGAUACCGCGAUCGGGACAGGACGGGAAAAAAAGCAACGGGAGCGGGAACAACAUUAAUAGAUGAUCAUUUUCAGCCGUGUUAAACAACCAGAUGAACAGAUGCGUCCAUUUUUGUAGUCAUCUCUCAGUGAGAGCCAACACUCUUGACCGCGCUAGCAACACAAAAGAACUACAACAGUGGUUUGACUUCCUGUCACCAUUGGAAGUGAAAAAAAGAAGAAAAAGAAGUGAAAAUUAUGUGUGUCGCUGUCGGCGACGAGCGACUACCGCUCCGACUCGGCUGACACUUUUCCCUAAAAAUUUUUUAUUUUAAAAUAAUUACAAAAAUUUUUCUUUUAAAUAAUUAUUUUAAAAUAAAAAAACGUUUUUUCAACACGUUUGGUUUUAUUUUGAGUGGGAGUGGAAUGGGAGUGGGAGUCAUCCUACGGGAGUGGGACAGGACAGGAUUGAUUUUAUUACUCCGGUCCGGGAUUGGGAUGGGAUUUUUUUUCUCUGGGAGUGGGACAGGAUAGGAGUGAAAAUCCGCUCCCGUGUCAUGCUCUAGUGGGUACAUGACUAAUAUCCCUGGAUGCUUAGUGAAACUGUCUCACUGCAAGUCUGACAGUUUUAUAGAAGUGAAACUCUAAUGCGACUUAUUUAAAGAGUAAGGUCUGGUGUCACUUCAAAACAUUUGUGUGACAAGUUUGAAAACCAGCUCAGUGUUUCUUUCCCCUCAAUCACACACCUUUCGUACACCUGUGUGUCCGUCCAGGUGUCUAAGAAGGCGUUGCGGCUGCUCGCUCAGGUGGAGCACGAGCCUCUGCUGAACCUGGAGCAGCUCAACCCCGAUCUGGUGCAUCACGCUGAGUCCAUGGAACAGGUCCAUAACCUGCGACAGAGGCUGCGUCUGCUCGGAGACUACCUGGUCGCCUGCCGUAGCAGCGCCUGCAAGAAGAUGCAAGCCAGGUGUGUGUGUGUGUUUUUGUGUUUUAUAUCUUAUCAUACUCUAAUGAAAUGCUUACACAUCUAUGGUUUUGAUGUAUUUUCUUGCAGAAUGAUGCAGCGAACCUACAUGUUGGAGUCGAGCCACCUGUACAGUGUCAUGGACCUUCGACAGGUAUUAACUGCGUUAAAGCAGCUCUCACCUGUCACCUUGAAUCUACUUAACACGUGCAUUCUCGUGAUUCCCAGAUCGCCGAGGGCCAAUAUGCAAACUACCUGCUCACGCUGGUGCAGCACGCCUCCAACCACGUGUUCCAAUGCGAUCUUUGCACGCAGCGCGGGUUCAUCUGUCAGACGUGCCACGCCGAUGACAUCAUUUUCCCUUUUCAGUUUGAGUUCACGACAAGGUACGCGAUCCUGAAACAUCACCGUCUUUUAUUUGAAUUACCUUUAAACUUGUUUCAAGUUUAAGCGACUUUUUAAUCUCCGCUCUUUGACUUUUUGACCAUCUGUGAUUGCUUUGAGUAUCUCAGUUUGUGGAAACGCUACCUCUUUCCUCUUCUUCUUCUGUUGUCAUUUUUUCCAGCGUGCCGUUUGGUCACCACUAUUUCCUGUCUCUCACAACUAAUUUAAACUUCGGACAUAAAUAACACUCAGACUGGAAAGUAUUGCAGUUCCGCUUUAGCUGUAUUCAAGUUUUCAUUUUGUUCGAUAUGAGCGUUGACUCAGGAUUUAGGAUAAGAUUGUAGAAUUUUAUUUAUUUAUUUCGGUAUAAUAUGACCAAAAGGUGUAGGUAGAAGCAAUGCUUAUCAAGAUCUACCUCUUAUACCAUACAUCAAGUACAUUAUACAUAUACACUCUUCAUACAAAUAUCAACACUUCAGUAUAUAUUCACUCUUCAAAUCAGAUAGAGUAUUAAACAUGCUUUACACUUGACAUUAAUAAUUUACAAUAAAUCAACAGACAUCAUUUUCUCUACAGUAUUGAGAAAUCACAUUAUUCUUGUAAAGUCUCUAAAAGGUGAGCUGGCAGGAUCUGAGGAGGUGCCAGUUUUUGGGAGAAAUCUUGAAUGUAAACUCUACCCCUCCAAACCAGUUUUCCCCUCAGCUUCUCCUCUCCCCUCUCUCUCUGCUCCAGCAAGCCCCGCCCACAAACAGACGCUCCAGCUCGCCUCAGAUAUACCUCAGAUAAUUACAAAUGGGGCCCAGUCAAUGUGAAAGUAAAAAGCAUUAGUGCUACUGUAGAUGCCAACAGACAACCAGCAAACACAAUGUUUGCAGGACUUCUACAACUAGGAUAAAGUGACAUAGUCCAGGACACGAGGUCAACAGUUAAGCAGCGCUACAACACGCAGCAGGUCCCGUUUGACAAGAAACACUUCUGUUACAGACACUUGGCUUACUUUGUUAAAGCGGUUUACCUGUCCAGCAGAAAGUUGACAUUUGUUCGCACUUUUGGUUUCUCAAAUAAUACACAGCCUCUUAGGUUGUAAUUAGAGUCCCUCAGUUUAAACAGGUUCUGGACAUGUUGCAGUAAGGCUAGGUUUUUGGCGUUGUACAUGAUUUGUAUCGUGAUCUAAUUUAUGCAGAUUUGUAGUUUUUAAAUGUCUGUUUUUGUUUGUUUUGGACACAGGUGUAAAGAUUGUAAAGCCGUUUUCCACCUGACCUGCAAGGCUCCCGACGACCCCUGCCCUCGCUGUCAGCGCAUUAAGAAAUACCUGGAGAGAGAUCUGCAGUACUGAUCACAGCCAGAGGAGGGGAGGUACUCACAGACCCUCUUCCACCUCUUUCUCUGCAAAUUAAGAAGACGCUUCACGAAGAGAAAAGUCACAGAAACUAAAACUAUAUCGAGUUUUUUUUACACAAAGUAACCUCAAGUGCAAUUACGAGUAACCUGCCUGCUAACUGGAGAGAGAGUGUAGGAGCCGCAGAGCUUCAGUAGCUACAGUCUCUUGCACUAACUCAGAGGAACACUGAGCCUCUGGACGCUGACUAAACGCAGCCAAAUGUUACUGACCGCUGACUUUAAUACCUCUGUGAUUUCCGACUCAGCCACGGCAUCAAACGAAGGACUGGACGACAGUGACAGCUGCUGCCAAGAAUCUCACUCAACACAUUUUCACAUUGUGCUCUUUUUCUUUUUUAAUUUGAUUUUUUAUCGUGUCGAAAUAUAUAUCUAUAUAUGUGAAAAAAAUCAUGUUUACCAGGAAUUCUCAGCAACACACUCUCGACAUGCACAAAUAAACAACAACACAAAGUGCAAGAUAUGGGAGGAAGCAGCACUUGGAAUGUCCUAAUAAACAGAUUGAUUGUGCCUUCUAUUUAAUUUAAGCUUUACACUAUUUUUCUCUGUUUUUAUGUCUUUUAAUUCAGGGUUGAAGCAUUACAUAGACAGCUGUGUUAUAUCAUACAUGCGUAAUUUACCAUAACCAUAAGAGGGAGUUACAUAGCUGCGUUAGAUGUUAUCUUAUAUUGAGGUGAAAUGAAAUUUUGGGACAUUUUUUCUUCAUUGACUAAAAUUUAAAAAGUUUACAACUAAGUUUGGGAUUAAUAAACAUACUUGUGUGAUGAAAUAAAACUUUAUUGUUUGAAAGGUUUUUAAGGGUGAUUCAAAAAUGCAUAUUAUCAGGUUUCCUUAUACAGUGAGCCAUUUGCAUGAUAAUGUACAGCGAGCAGUUCAUUAUUCCUAAAUAAGGAUGUGGUCGCUGUGCAUUAUCGUGCAUAUUCUUAAAUAACAGAAAUUGUGUAGUAUACAGUAAAAAAAUAGAGUUGAAUCAAUAGUCAGAUUUUAAGAAAUAACUGAAUGUAUUGCGCUGUAAUCAGAGUUAAAUAUUAAGCAAAUACAAAGUGACACAAAUCGACAGCAGGAAUUGGUUUGAAUAUCACAUUGGCCCGGAAACUUACUUUGCAUAUUUGCACUUUCAGCUACGACUGUUAAAUAUUUCAAUAUAAGUUGGAAUAUCCUCGAGCACACAGAUGACCCCCCUCUGCUGACAUUUCCUGUUUUACUCUGUUGUAGCAUUGCACUCAGAAUUAAUAUAUAAUUCUACUUAACCACAGAGUCAGCGUGAAAAGAGAAGAAACUGAAGGUUUACUGAUGUUUGUCAUGAUAUAUGCAGAAAAUAUCACCUGUACUGGUUUUCCUGUUUUUUUUUUUAUGUCAUCUCAUUCAUAAUCAGAGGUAUGAAUAAAUAAAUAAAAAUUCUUCAAUAAA